GCACAAACGUACACGGACUCGCGCAUCAUGUAGAGAAGAGAGCAGUAACUAAACUCUACCCAGUUUUAUAUUAUCAUAUAAAUUAUGAUGUUAUGAAUUCCUUUUAUUCGGUUUGACACAUUCAGAGCAGGCGCGGGGACCGUGCACGCGCCGGAACGCCGUGAGCUCGAGACUACGACGCGCGUGUCAGCGCUUGCUGCUGCAGCACUGCAGUGGCUUCUGGUUGCAUGGCUCCGCGUCCCCUUCUCAGUCCGGACAGUAGCGCCGGCUUCACGGCUGUAAACUGAGAUGAGUCACGAAUGAGACCUGCAAGAUGUCUUUCAAGAAGGAAACCCCACUGGCCAAUGCGGUGUUCUGGGCAGCGAGGAAGGGGAACCUGGCAUUGCUGCAGCUGCUGCUGAACAGUGGCCGAGUGGACGCCGACUGCAAAGACAGUUAUGGCACCACUGCUCUGAUGGUUGCCUCCUACAGUGGCCACUACGACUGUGUGAAAGAGCUGAUCAUGCAAGGGGCUGAUAUCAACUUACAAAGAGAGUCGGGUGCCACAGCUCUGUUCUUGGCCUCGCAGCAGGGCCACAACGACAUUGUGAAGCUUCUCUUUGAGUUCGGGGCCUCCACCGAAUUCAAAACCAAGACAGCUGAAUCUGCAUCACCGUGUACCUGCUAUACGCAGGCGGCCUUGCAUUGCAUGCAGGUCACCGCGUGAUGUCUUUCUCUGAUGCCUAACAUGGCCCCACCUCUGUUCCUUACUAAGGAUGGAGCCACACCCCUUUUCCUUGCUGCCCAGGAAGGUCACUUGACAGUCAUACGGCAGCUGCUGUCCUCGGGGGCCAAGGUGAACCACCCGCGAGAGGAUGGUACGACCCCACUCUGGAUGGCUGCCCAGAUGGGGCACAGCGAGGUGGUGAAGGUGCUUCUCUUGCGGGGGGCAGAACGUGACGCAGAUCGAAAAGACGGCACCACGGCCCUGUUCAAAGCAGCCUUUAAAGGACACAAUAGCGUGGUCGAGGAGCUCCUCAAGUUCUCCCCCUCGCUCGGCCUGCUCAAGAACGGGUCGACGGCGCUCCAUGCCGCGGUCAUGGGUGGAAACUUGCGGGCCGUGGUGCUUCUCCUGCGCGCCAAUGCCGACCCCACUUUAACAAACAAGAACAAGGAGCUUCCAGCAGACGUGACUAAAAAUGAGCGCAUCCUGAGAUUGCUGCGGACUCGCAUGGUGGACGGGGGUAGUUGAUGGUCGACCCUCCCCCCCCACCCCCCCCGGAAUGAUGCAGGAAACAUGGAAGAACAAGGAUAAACCUCAGCCAUAUAUCAUGGUGCUUGCUUUCUGUUGCAGCUUGGGAAGCCAUGGAUAUUAAUCACAAUAUAUGCAAAAAGAAGACUAUAUUUCAUUUAUAGCACAGAGCUCUUUGCGGUUAGAAUAUUGUCCUUAAUCUUGCUCCUUCCAUGUGUAUCUCCUAACUCUUAAUUUUUUUUCUUUUAAUAUUCUUAAUUUGUUUUCUUAAUAAUUGUUUUUUUCUGGUGCUUUGUAUUUGUAAAUAUUUUGCAAAAUCUUAUUUCUGCAUUUAUAAUAAAUGUGAAACUACA